AAAGUUUUUUCAAACUUUCAGAAACAAAAGAAAAAUGUCUGCUCCUGCUGAACCAAUUUUUGUCGACCUUAGUGAGAGUGCACCCACAGAAAUCGAGAGUUUGUGUAUGAAGUGCCAUCAAAAUGGUACUACCAGAAUUCUUCUCUCAAAGAUUCCUCAUUUCAAAGAAAUUAUUAUUAUGGCUUUUGAGUGUCCUCACUGUGGUUUCCGUAAUAACGAACUCCAAAGUGCUGGUGUUUUCAACGAAAGAGGACACACCAUUAAAUUGAGUAUCCAGAACAAAGAGGAUAUGAACCGUCAAUUAGUUAAAUCUGAUUAUUGUUCCGUCCAAUUUUUGGAACUUGAUUUAGAAAUUCCUGCCAAUAACAACCGUGGUCUUCUCACUACUGUUGAAGGUUUGGUCGAUAAUGCUAUUGACGAUUUAACCGCUGGUCAACCUCUUCGUAAGGCUGAAGAUGAGUUUGUUUAUAACAGAAUUGAAGAGAUUAUCGAAACCAUGAGAAGUUACAAGGAAGGACACCCCUUCACUCUUGUCUUGGAUGAUCCUUCUGGUAACUCUUAUGUCGAGAACAAGUGUCUCCCUGCUCAAGAUCCUCAAAUCAAAUUGAGAUGGUACAACCGUACCCCAGAACAACAAGCUUUCUUGGGUCUUCAAGAAAACCAAACUCCUGCCGAAGCCGCUGCUGCUGCUGCUGCUCAUGAUCUUUCCGAUAGAACUAUUUAUAGUGCUACUGCAUCUGAAAUGUUAAACGCUAAGGGUCUCCCUGAAGUGAUGUCUUUCCCUGCCAACUGUCCCAGUUGUAAUGCUCCUUGUGCUACCAACAUGCAUCUUAUGGAGAUUCCUCAUUUCAAGGAAGUCGUGAUUAUGGCUACUAACUGUGAAUCAUGUGGUUAUAAGAGUAACGAAGUGAAGGCCGGUGGUGCCAUCUCUGAUAAGGGUAAGAGAAUCACUCUCAAGAUGACCGAGGCUGAGGAUUUGUCCAGAGAUAUUCUUAAAUCCGAGACUUGUGGUUUGAGCAUUCCUGAAAUUAACCUUGAAUUAACUCAUGGUACUUUGGGUGGUCGAUUCACCACUGUUGAAGGUUUGCUUAGACAAGUCCAUACUGAGCUUCGUGACCGUGCUCCUUUCAUUGAAGGUGAUUCUGGUACUGAGUCCGGUAAGGAUAGAUGGGCCCGUUUCUUGGAUAACCUGACCAAGGUUGCUGAUGGAAAGUUGUUGCCUGUUACUCUCAUCAUCGAUGAUCCUUUGGCCAACUCAUACCUUCAAAACCUCUAUGCUCCUGACCCAGACCCAGAAAUGACGAUUGAGGAGUAUGAACGUAGUUGGGAAAUGAACGAAGACUUGGGUGUAAACGACAUGAAGUUGGAGAACUAUGAACAACACGAAACUCCUGCCAAGCAUGAAGCACCCCAUGAUGAAGAGAAGAGCAAUUGACUCGCUGAUAGUAAACGUAGAAGAUUAGAUUAAUCAUUUUUGCAUCACUAUUUAAACUUGUAACUUUAUACUAUUUAAAAAAAUAAAUAAAAAAUAAAAAAUAUUGUACAGUA